CGGAAGAUGGCGACCUCAAACAAUCCGCGAAAAUUUAGCGAGAAAAUCGCUUUACACAAUCAGAAACAGGCUGAGGAGACAGCUGCCUUUGAAGAGGUCAUGAAGGAUCUCAACAUAACUAGAGCUGCACGGUUGCAGUUGCAGAAGACCCAGUAUUUGCAGCUAGGGCAGAGUCGCGGUCAGUGCUAUGGAGGGUCACUGCCCAAUGUCAAUCAGAUUGGGGAUAGCAGCACUGACCUGCCUUUUCAGAACUCUUUCCAGACGAAUGCCCUGGACACCAGUCGGAGCACACGUCACCACGGCCUGGUCGACCGGGUCUACCGCGACCGCAACCGCAUCAGCUCACCACACCGACGCCCCCUCUCCGUGGACAAACAUGGCCGCCAGAUUGACAGCUGUCCUUACGGCUCGGUGUAUCUCUCCCCUCCGCCUGACACCAGUUGGAGGAGGACGAAUUCAGAUUCCGCCUUACACCAGAGCGCCAUGACCCCCCCAUCUCAAGACUCGUUUGCAGGAGGCUCGCAGGAGCUGCAGCCAAAGCGAGUUCUUCUGCUGGCAGCACCUGACGACACGGACACAGACAUGGAGAAGGACGGACAGAAGGAGGGCUGGGAUGAGAAGAAGAACGGAACGUCACGGCCCAAAUCCUGUGAAGUCCCAGGCAUCAACAUAUUCCCGUCUCCGGAUCAGGAGCUGAACACGUCCCUCGCCCCGGCGACCCACAACACGGGCGGCUCUCUGCCCGACCUGACCAACAUCCAGUUCCCGCCGCCGCUGCCCACUCCGCUCGACCCCGACGACAACGUCUCCUUCCCCUCGCUCAGCUCGUCCAGCAGCACGGGCAACCUGUCCGCCAACCUCACCCACCUGGGCCUGGGCGCCGCCAGCCCCGGCAUCAGCUGUCCCCAGGCAACGAUGACCAUCACUACCCAGCAGGGUCAGUCCACUCUCAUCCCCCUCAGCCUCAGCAUCGACUCCCAGCAACAGCAACAGCAGCAGCAGCAGCAGCAGCAACAACAGCUAUCGCCUACUCUCUCACCACAGAUACCAAUCACACAGGCCCUGACGAUGGACGCCUUGACCCUGGAGCAGCAGCUGGCCCAGUACCCGCUCUUCAGCCUCCUGAACGACCUGCAGAAGCAGCAGCAGCAGCAGCAGCAGGGGCAACAGGGGCAACAGAGUGUCCCGCAGGGCAUCCGCCUGGUGCAGCUGCCCCCCCUCACCCUCCAGGCCAGCAGCUCGUCCUCCUCACAGCAGUCCAGCCCCGCCACGCAAACGCACAUCCCCACCGCCACCGUCAACAUCAACUCGUACCGCACGCAGUCGGGCUCCCCUGCCACCCAGUCCCCCACCUCGCCAGGCUCCAAUCAAGGCUUCUCCCCGGGAGGCUCCCCGCAACACAUUCCCCUGGUGACGAGCCUGAGUGGGGACUCCUUCUACGAGCACCAGCUGGCCUCCAGGCAGACCAACGCCCUCUCCCAGCAGCUUGAGCAGUUCAACAUGAUCGAGAUGGACCUCCCCAACAGCUCGAGCGGCCUGUACAGCCCGUGCUCCACGCUCAACUACACCCAGGCGGCCAUGAUGGGCCUCAGCGGAACCCACACCGCGCUCCAGAACUCGCCGCAGCUCGGAUCAUACAGUAACCAUGGCAACAUUCCCAACAUUGUUCUCACAGUGACAGGCGAGUCUCCCCCGAGCCUGUCCAAAGAGCUGGCCUCCUCGCUGGCCGGCGUGGGCGAGAUCAGCUUUGACACGGACUCUCAGUUCCCCCUGGACGAGCUGAAGAUCGACCCGCUCACGCUAGACGGACUGCACAUGCUCAACGACCCGGACAUGGUUCUGGCCGACGCCGCCACAGAGGACACCUUCAGGAUGGACCGGCUGUGACCAGCGCUACACACACACGCACGGACCGAGGAGCGCGGAGAGACAAGGGACGAGUCCUGCUGAGGUCACAUCGCUAAACACACACACACACACACACACACACUCUCUCUCUCCUCCCCACCCAGUUUUAUAGUCCUCAUCCACAUGUUGUUUGUGAUGGCAUGCUACCAAAAACCAUUUGGGUGACGGGGGAGGGUCAACACCUUUGGCUAGCGUGUGGACAUUGCUGCAGUCCACACCGGUGAGGCCCCGUGGCAGAGACGCUGUCAUACACUGCUGCUCCGCCCUGAUGUUUGUUUGUUUUUGUUCUGGUUUGUUUGUUUGUUUGUUUUUGUUUGUUUGGAGAGAAUGUGUGAAGUCACUGCCAUGUGUCAUGCCAUCUCUGCCUCAUCUGCGUUGCCAUGGAGACAACAGUAGCGUUUUUCAGCGGCGUCACUGACAUCAUAUCAAGAGUUACCGUGACCACCGCCGUCCUGGUUACUGCUUCGGUGUCAUGAUUCAUAGUUUUAUUUAUUUCACAUUUAUUUAUUAUUUAUUUACUUGUGUGUAUGUUUACCUUUUUUUUUUUUUUUUUUUUUACACUUUUGUUACAUAGGUUGCCAAAUUGCCCACUGGCCUACUUGUUUUCUACACCCAUUGGUGCACUUUAAAAAAAAAAAAAAAAUGUGUAAAUGUAUAUUUAUUCGACUGUUCAUGUUGGUUUGUGUAGUUUUAUUUAUUUUAUUUAUUGAAUAUUUAUUUGUUUAUAAGGAGUACUAGACCUCCCCAAACACUUUGCUCGUGGGUUGUGAUGCGAUGUCAAGUGCACAAGAUGUUGUGAAGCCAACUCUUCAUGAAGUUGUAGUGGGUGGGGCUUAUGCUGUAGUGACUGCUCGUGAUUGGUUGACCUGUAGCUCUGUAGAUUUCCUCUCCAGCGCCAAACGUCAUGAGGACGUGCCAAGACGAGAGACAAGAGGCCAGGUCCCAUGCGCUCCCUUUGGCUAGCUAGCUAUGUAGCUAUCUAUCGAUCUAUCAUGCACACACAGACAGCUGACUCACCCAAGUGUCUGAGAGACAGAGGAGAGAAGGA